AUGAGUGGCGCACACCUGGACGAAUGGCAGAGGAGGUCCUUUGACAUUUCAUCUGGCAAUUGUACACCUGAACAGACGGCUGAAGCCUACCGGGCCCACAUCCUCUCCAUUCAGUAUGCAUGGGCAAGCUCCCACCUCUCGGAGGCCGCCAUGGGCGACCUGCUCAGGACCUACUCGGGGCGCUAUGCAGCAGUGUUGGACUCGGAUGACCCCCGCACGGGGCUUAACAACUAUGCUGAGAGUGCCCUUCAUCUGGCCCGUAAUCAGAUAAACCACAGUGACAAAUGGGAGUCGUCCCUCACUGUGGAGCGUUUGCUUGACUUGCCCUGCGUGCAGAAGAUGAUUCAAGCAAGGCCUGGGGGAGAAAACUCCCUCGUGGCACCAGCAGAUGUUAGCAUAUCUGUUGGAGAAGAGAGCAGCAGCAUCAGCAGCUCCGUGUCUGCUUCCAGUUCGGCGUGCAGGUCAGACGGCACAUCCUUCAAACCUCUUUGGCCACCACAGGCUAAAAUAGAAGUUAAUAACACUGCUACUAUUUCAGCGGCUAGGCCAACAACAUCUGAGAGCACGGCAGAUAAUAAUGACUCCUUUUACCAUCCAAACAGCAGAGUGCAGUCGGUGUUUAAUCAUCCAUCUUCAGGUUCUCCUCAGAGCAACACAGGCCCUGCAGGCGGCAACUGUAAAUCCAACUUAUUUCCUAUUUCCAAUUCAUCCAAGCGGAAGAAUUUUUACAACCCAGAUGCAAGUGAAGGUGGGAGGGGGCCACAAGUUGGGGCUGAGCAGAAACCUACAAGUCACUUUAAAUCGGCCCGGGAGCAGCUAAUUGUGGAACAACAGAAGAAACAUUUCCAUCAACCCCAAAGAGGAGCGACAUCAUCUGUGACUUCCACUGUAAAGAAAUCCCUGGGAGCCAAUAUGUCCCGAGGUGCUUUUUCUAAAUUUGUGUCUCCGAUGCCGCGGCAAGACGAAGAGGAAAGUGCAAGGGGAUCAAACUCCACACGGGAACCCCAGAUUGUGGAUGAACGCCUGAAAAUCUUUGAGCCAAAGAUAGUGGAGUUGAUCAUGAGCGAGAUCAUGGACCAUGGACCCCCUGUUUUGUGGGAGGACAUAGCAGGCUUGGAGUUUGCCAAGACCACCAUAAAGGAGAUUGUUGUUUGGCCAAUGUUGAGACCUGACAUCUUCACAGGCUUGCGGGGCCCGCCGAAGGGAAUCCUAUUGUUUGGACCCCCAGGAACCGGGAAAACGUUGAUAGGAAAAUGUAUCGCUUGCCAGUCAGGUGCCACGUUCUUCAGCAUCAGUGCAUCGUCGCUCACAUCCAAAUGGGUGGGUGAGGGCGAAAAAAUGGUGCGAGCUUUGUUCGCCAUCGCACGCUGCCACCAGCCCGCUGUCAUUUUCAUAGACGAAAUUGACUCGCUGUUGUCGCAACGCACUGACGGGGAGCACGACUCGUCACGCAGAAUCAAAACUGAGUUUCUGGUUUCCUUGGACGGUGCCGCCACAGCGGCGGAGGAUCGCAUCUUGGUGGUGGGGGCCACCAACCGCCCCCAAGAAAUAGAUGAGGCUGCCCGUCGUCGCCUCGCUAAGAGGUUGUACAUCCCGCUUCCUGAGGGCCCCGCCCGGAAGCAGAUAAUCACCAACCUCAUGGCACAGGAGAAGAACCAGCUGAGAGCGGAGGAGCUAGAGCGCAUCAUAGCCAACACUGAAGGCUUCUCCGGGGCAGACAUGACUCAGCUGUGUCGAGAAGCAGCCCUGGGACCUAUUCGCAGCAUCCAAUUCGCAGACAUUGCCACCAUCUCGGCAGAACAAGUACGGCCGAUCGUAUACAAUGACUUCCAAGAUGCUCUGAAGACUGUGCGACCCAGUGUCUCACAAAAGGACCUGGAGCUUUAUGAGGAGUGGAAUAAGACAUUUGGAUGUGGUCGUUGA